AUGCUUGACCUUAACCUGUUUCAAGUCGAAAAAGGAGGAAACCCUGAGCUUAUCCGCGAGUCCCAGCGCAGAAGGGGUGCUUCUGUUGAACUGGUUGAUAAAAUUAUUGCUUUAUACGAUGAAUGGAGAAGAGUUCGAUUUGAUCUUGACCAAGUAAACAAAGCGAUAAACGCUAUUCAAAAAGAUAUUGGCAAGAAAAUGAAGGCAAAAGAGAAUGCCUCAGAUCUCAUCUCACAGAAGGAGGCAAAAACAAAAGAGAAAGAGCGAUUGAUGGCUCUUGAAAAAGAAAAGGAAGAGAUACUGAAAUCUGAAGCAUCCGCUAUUGGUAAUAUUGUCCAUCAGUCAGUUCCCACUUCAAUGGAUGAGGAAAAUAACGAGAUUGUUAAGACAUGGGAACCAGCCGACCAGGAAGGAGAACAUGUAAAUAAACCUGUGAAGAAGGAUGACAUAUUAUCCCAUCAUGAUGUUUUACAUAGGAUUGAUGGUUAUGACGCCGAAAGGGGUGUUGAUUUUAACUUGGCACUUAUACAGUACGGUCUUUCUUUCUUGAGAAAGAAAGGAUACAUGAAGCUACAGACACCUUUUUUUAUGAGAAAAGAAUGCAUGGCAAAGACAGCUCAAUUAGAGCAGUUUGAUGAAGAGCUGUAUAAGGUAGUUGGAGAUGGUGAUGAUAAAUAUUUGAUUGCCACUUCAGAACAACCGAUAUCGGCUUUCCAUGCCAAUGAAUGGUUUGAAAGACCUUCCGAACAGUUACCAAUAAGAUAUGCGGGUUACUCAACAUGUUUCCGCAAGGAAGCUGGAGCCCAUGGCAAAGACACCUGGGGUAUCUUCCGUGUACAUCAAUUUGAAAAAAUAGAACAGUUCGUUCUUACCACACCUGAAACCUCAUGGGAUGAAUUUGAUCGUAUGAUUUCCAACUCGGAGGAGUUUUAUCAAUCACUCGGCCUGCCUUAUCGUAUUGUCUCUAUUGUCUCUGGUUCACUGAAUAAUGCUGCAGCAAAGAAAUAUGAUCUUGAGGCAUGGUUCCCAUUCCAAGGAGAGUAUAAGGAACUAGUCAGUUGCAGCAAUUGUACUGAUUAUCAAAGCAGGAGGUUGGAGAUACGUUGUGGUACAAAGAAGAUGGGGGAUAGAGAGAAGAAAUAUGUGCAUUGUUUAAAUGCUACACUUUGUGCUACUGAAAGGACUUUGUGUUGUCUUUUGGAGAACUGGCAGACUCCUGAGGGUGUUAUCAUACCGGAACCUUUGAGGCCAUACAUGGAUGGAAGGGAUUUCUUACCUUUUGUUAAGCCAUUGUCUAAGAAAAAGUGA